AUGACGUGUCUGAGAGUGACACAGAUGACAGGGCAGCUCAACACGUGGCUUAAUGACGGGAGGGUGAUCGCCGUGGGGCUGUUCAUUCUGUGGCUUUGUGCCCCACAGUCAGCACCGCAAGAUGUGGUGGUCACCGUGGAAUCCAGCAAGUGUUAUGGUAAAAGUGACUGUUCACUUCACCUCAUGAACUGUUCAGCCAGACACAGGAUGGCCAUCAAAGAGGCUGCCUACUAUUUUCAAACAACGGCCAGGUUCACCCAGUGUGGAGGUGCUGUUAACGCAGUCCCUCCUUACUGCAUGGACGACUGUUGCAGAAACAAUGGAUCAGAUUGCUCGCAGUCCAUGACCCCUGACAACCUUGAACUCGUUCGAAGUUCAUGCUCUUACCAGACCACAUGCAGUACUCGGGCUCAGUGGGCAGGAAAAGUCACCUGUGGAAGUGGUUUUGCUGUUUCUUCCACCUAUGAUGUACUGCGGGCUGACUGUAUCUCAGAUGAUGUCAUAGUCGACCCAUGCACUGACGUGACUGUUAAAGGAAAUUUACUUUCCAUCAUCUACGGCUACAACACAGUAGUCAACCCCAACUGCACCUGUCGCUUGGAUGCGACCUCUGGCAACGACACCAACAACAACCAGAAUAUCAUCAUCAGCGCCUACGACAUCAAUGCCAGCUAUGAUAGCGUUUGGUCAAUGACGAUAACCAAGGCUGCUGACACAGGCACCGCCGAGAUAACACUGAGGUGCGGUCAGGAUGUCACCGAUUAUGAACGUUACCUUGCUUAUUUGUCCAUAACGACGACAACUACAACCUCCACUACAACACCGCCACCAACUACUACAACACCACCACCAACAACUACUACAGCAACAACACCGCCAGCAACUACUACAACACCAAUGACGACCACCACAACACCAACAACAACUACUACAAUAACAACAACCACUACAACACCAACUACAUCAAUGUCAUCAACGUCUUCUACACCAGCAACAACCACUACAAUACCAAUAACGACCUCCACAACACCACCAACAACUACAAUAACAACAACCACUACAGCACCAACUACAUCAGUGUCAUCGACUUCUACUACACCAGCAACAACCACUACAAUACCAAUAACGACAUCCACAACACCAACUAAAUCAGUAUCAACAACCGAAACGUCAACUACAUCAAUAUCAACAACAUUAACAUCAGCCACAACCAAAGUGACAACGCUUGCAACAACGACGGAGGCUCUGACAUCAGUUACGCCCUCAACGACUUCAACAACCGUACCUGUACCAACGACAAAUGCUUUUGCUGUCACAUCGUCCAGAUCCUCAGUGAACAGCACCACACCUGCACCACCCAUCGCUGACACUACAGCUGCCCCGGGAACUGCUGCACAGAAGUUUGCUGACGAAGCGUCAGAGGGUCUGCCCGUGGGAGCCAUCGUCGGCAUCGUUGUGGCUGCCGUGGUGUUGAGCGUUGUCGUAGUGUCGCUGGCCGUUCGCUUCAGAAGAAACUGCUACGACGAAGUCACCGUGAAGCUUUUACCAGACCAGUCCAGCAUCCGGGACCUUAACUGGAGGCAGCAGAGGUCAGAGCAGCGGUCGCUCAAGCUGUACAGUCCGGGGAGUGGGAGGAACUCUGCGGGCGACGGCUGGCACAGUCAGCCCCAGGAGAUGGAGGUCGUCAUUACACCCACACACGCCGACAGCGCCACCAGCUGCAACAAGGGAGAUAACAGUAAGGGGCCAGAUACCGACAGCGCCAUGAAGAACAGCAAGGGAGACUACAACCCCACCAGACGCCGUAGACCAUGAGACAGGAAACAAGGGAGACAACACCAAGGGAGUCGGCGAUAUUGCAGGACCAAGAUGGCCGCCAUUCCUAACGGCCAUGCUCCUUUUGUCAGUCACGUAACUGUUGGCACUGACAGGUCCCAGGUCAGGAACUCCCCGCCUGGAGACGCCAUUGACGAGACGUCAGGUGGUCGACAUAACGGCCCGCAACACUCACAUCCGGGCAACAAACAUGAGAGUGGGGUCAAGGCCGAAGUAGACACAACGAACAUCUACAGUAACAUCGACGACUGUAGUGAAGCCAAGGACACACAAACAGAGCUCAGACACAGCUAUUUACAGUAACAUCGACGACAACCAGCAGAACGCAGACACAGCUAUUUAUAGUAACAUCGACGACACCCAGGAGGAUUUGGACACGACGGUUACCAGACUGUAAGCAGCUCCACCCUACACUGUGUGUAACAAACUGUGAAAAUGUCCAUCUUGUCACGUGAUAAACCAGGCUAGCGGAUCAUCCAGUGUGAGAAAAAGAAUGAGUGUCGCGAUGCGGAACGCACUUUGUUUACGACUGAGUGAAAAUAGUGGAGUGGAGGGGCCUGCCAUCGUCUGCUCGCACUGGACACGACAUGAUUGAGGCCCGUGGUCUCAGUGUUGCUUGUUGUUAAUGUCACGUGUCAUGUGUCAUGUGUCAUCUGUUAGUGUCAGAUUAAUUGAUGUCGACGAAGGAGUCUGCCCCUGACCUUCAGUUCUGCAUAUCACGUGACAGUGCAUUUAAUGUCUCGUUCUUGCGGUGAGUGUGGCAACGUUCAAUUGUUCUAUCACGCGAUUUGUGAAUGUAGCGUAACUUUCACAUGUGAUGAGGUAAACAGUUAUCGACAGGAUGAUUGUGAUUAAAAAAAAUAAAGUGAUCAGUUUUGGACAGACUAUGAAAUAUUUUGGUGAUUUCAUGCUGCAUUGUGAUUUCCUUUAAUCCUACGACUCGCAAAAAGUAGAUAAUACAGUCGAAAUAGAUAUAUUUUGGCUGAAUUGUAAUAUAAACAAAGCUAUGCAGUACCAACAUUUUCAUUUGAUCUGCUGAGGACUUUGUAAUGGUCAUCAAAGGUGUCAUCAAAAACUGCACGUGCGUCAAAAGGAUGACAGACGUGCACUAUGCAUGUAACGACAGCCGCAGUAUCACGACUUCAAAUGAUGUGUUGCUGACUGAAAAUGAUGCUCCACAAUAAAAAUGCUUCACAGAAAACGCAAAACCACGAAUAAUAAUAAUUUGCUCCUCUGUCGUUCUGGCUAUAUUUACGAUCUCUAAAUAAAAGUCUGCGAACAUGUUUAUA